UUCCUCACAGACUCGAAUCCCUGGGGGCUCUCCGGAAUUCUAGACUCUGAUGAUUCUCCGACAGAGAUAUGCCUCAGAAAUACUCCUUGUUUCCUAGUACUGUGCACCAAACAAGUCCUUCUCUUGGGAUUCUUUUCGAAAGAAAAAUUGAGACGGCAAUGACUGUUUCCGGGAGGAGCUGAGAUAAACGGUCACUUCCGGCAGCGAGAGGCCUCCUGACCCGGGAUGGAGGAGUUGCUCGAGGCGGGGAAGGGCCUGCCGCCCGCCGCUGAGUCGCACCUCAGCCCGACCUCAGAACGGAGCCCGCCGGGAGCUGGUGGGGCCCAGGACAGCCCGCCUACACCGACUCGAGCCCUCCUCGCCCUGCAGAGCCUCCCCCGGGGCUUAGCCCUGGGUCCCUCGCUGGCAGAGGAGCGGCGCUGGGGUGUGUGGUGCGUCGGGGAGCCGCUGCAGCCUGGACUGGCAUGGGGGCCGCUGGAAGAGCAGAGCGUCUGUGAGGGGGAGAAACCGAGGCAGGAGGACCUGUUGCCAGGCCCGUGGGGAGACGUGCGUGCUUGUGAGCUCAGCACAGGCUGGACCAGCUGGGUGCGACGGGGCAGGCUGGAGAGCGAGGGAAACGUGGCCCCUGUGCGCAUCCAGGAGCAACUGCACCUGCAGGUUCAGCAGGUCGUGCUGCCGGGCUUCGAGCUGCUGCUGUGGCCCCAGCCGCCCUCUCGGGGCCCGCAGCCCACUCCACCGGAACUAGGAAAAGCAGUAGCCACUGUGGUGGCGGCCACUGGGGCAGAGGCUGCUGAACAAGAAGUGGUCUCCCCCAAAGAGGAUGCGGCUGGACUGUGCACAGAACCCAGCCCUGCAUCACCUCCCGGCAGCCUUCAGGCCCCAGCCCAGGAGCAGCUGUCCCAAGAUGGCCCUGCGCUUCAAGAUGGUGCCCCCGGGGAGGCGCGUGGUCUGCAGGCACAGGUGCUGCCCGAGCCUCAGGGCUCCUCGACUCCCACGGAAGACAGCUUCCUGGCAGCCCCCGGGGGUGCCUGGCCCAGCGAUGCCCACAGCACCGAGAAGUUGCAUAGCCCUAGUGAGCAGAACCCACCUUGCAUGAAGACCUCGGAUCCUGGAGCCCAGGACACCAGCCACGCUGCAAGCUCCCCGCAACAGGGGCGACGGUACCGCUGUGGAGAGUGCGGCAAGGCCUUCCUGCAACUGUGCCACCUGAAGAAGCAUGCCUUUGUGCACACGGGCUACAAGCCCUUCCUGUGCACCGAGUGUGGCAAGAGCUACAGCUCCGAGGAGAGUUUCAAAGCUCACACACUGGGCCACCGCGGCGUGCGGCCCUUCCCAUGCCCACAGUGUGACAAGGCCUAUGGCACCCGGAGGGACCUCAAGGAGCACCAGGUGGUACAUUCUGGCGCUCGGCCCUUCGCCUGUGACCAGUGUGGCAAGGCUUUCGCCCGCCGACCCUCCCUGAGGCUACAUCGCAAGACCCACCAGGUGCCGGCUGCCCCCGCCCCGUGUCCGUGCCCAGUGUGCGGGCGGCCCCUGGCCAACCAGGGCUCCCUGCGGAACCACAUGCGGCUGCACACGGGGGAGAAACCCUUCCUGUGCCCGCACUGUGGCCGCGCCUUCCGCCAGCGCGGCAACCUGCGCGGGCACCUGCGCGUGCACACUGGCGAGCGGCCGCACCGCUGCCCACACUGCACCGACGCCUUCUCCCAGCUGCCGGAGCUGCGGCGCCAUCUCAUCUCGCACACAGGCGAGGCACACCUGUGCCCCGUGUGCGGGAAGGCCCUCCGAGACCCGCACACCCUGCGUGCUCACGAGCGCCUGCACUCGGGCGAGAGGCCCUUCCGGUGUCCACAGUGUGGCCGCUCCUACACGCUGGCCACCAAGCUGCGGCGCCACCUGAAGUCGCACCUGGCGGACAAACCCUACCGCUGCACCACCUGCGGCAUGGGCUACACCCUCCCGCAGAGCCUCAAGCGCCACCUGCUCAGUCACCGGCCCACGCCUCCUGCUGCGGCUGCUACGGUGGUGCUCCUGCAGACUGAGCCCCAACUGCUGGGCGCCAGCAGCGAGGCAGCUGCCUCCCCAGCUGGGGCCAUCGUAGAGGUCACCGACUCUGAGAGCCCAAAGUGCGCAGCCGGGACCGAGGAGCCGGACCCCGCCGCCGGCCUGGUGCUCCUGCCCAACGACUUGGGCUUGGGGGCCUGGGCGGAAGUGGUGGAGGUGGAGACGGGCACCUGACGUCAUCACUGUGUCCCCACCCCCCUUGACACUCGCUAUAAAGAUGUAUUUUUCAA